UUAGAAUUGUAUUUAUAGUUACAGUAUUAGCGAUUGUUACGCUAACACAGCGUUAGCCUCACGGUCAAUAGAAGAUACCGGUUUUGUGCUCGUGUUGAAGUUUUCUCACUUUGCUGUCACAGCUAACAACAGUUUAAUUUUCGGUUAGCAAGUGCUCAAGACACCGCUAAAUUAUAAGAUGCCCCAUAUUUGCCAUAAAAUGGGACGGUUUGGCCUCCUCCGCUACAUCUCUUCCCUUCCCUCACCCAGGACAUGCUGCCUCCACCAAAGGGUCUUCACAGGUUCCCACCCCUGUUACCAGAACACCGUCCUGGGUCACAGCUGCCAGCACAGUAGGGGUGUGAGCACAGCCCUCAGCCAGCACAUACAUGACCUGAGCGGCCCUGAGCAGAGACUUUUGACAAAACUGUACGAUGGGCUGAUCGGAGGACAGCGGGCGUCUCUGGCUGAGUCCAUCACUCUGGUGGAGACGCAGCAUCCCAGGAAGAAAGAGCUGGCCCAGGUGCUGCUGCAGAGGGUGCUGGCUUACAGGAUUGAGCAGGAGAGUCGCAAUGGAGGGAAGCCAGUGGCCUUCAGAGUAGGUCUGUCUGGUCCUCCUGGAGCAGGGAAGUCGUCCUUCAUCGAGGUGGUGGGGAAGAUGUUGACAGGACGUGGACAUAAAGUGUCAGUGCUGGCGGUUGAUCCGUCGUCUUGCACUACAGGAGGGUCUCUGUUGGGUGAUAAGACUCGUAUGACUGAACUCUCCAGGGACAUGAAUGCUUUCAUCAGACCGUCACCGACUUCUGGGACACUUGGUGGAGUCACCAGAACAACCAACGAGGCCAUCGUUCUCUGUGAGGGGGCAGGAUAUGACAUCGUCUUAGUAGAGACUGUAGGUGUGGGCCAGUCAGAGUUUGCAGUAGCUGACAUGGUUGACAUGUUUGUACUCCUGAUUCCACCAGCAGGGGGCGAUGAACUCCAGGGUAUCAAGAGAGGCAUCAUUGAGAGGGCAGACUUGGUGGUGGUGACAAAGUCAGAUGGAGACCUGGUGGUGCCAGCCAGGAGGAUCCAGACUGAAUACACCAGCGCACUCAAACUGCUUAGGAGACAAUCCAAGUCCUGGAACCCCAAGGUGAUCCGUGCCUCCUCUUACAACAGUGAGGGCAUCCCAGAGGUCUGGGCCAAGAUGGAGUCAUACCGGGAUGCCAUGUUAGCCAGCGGUGAACUGCAGGGCCGACGGAGGGCCCAGCAAAAAGUUUGGAUGUGGAGUCUGAUCCAGGAGACCGUCCUCUGUCAUUUCCAAAAUCACCCCAGUGUCAGAGAGGCUCUACCCCAACUUGAGGAGAAGGUCACCAAUGGGGCUAUCUCUCCAGGCCUGGCUGCUGACCUGCUUCUGAAAGGCUUCUCGUCAUCAUCUUCAUAGUAAACGCUGGGACUGGAUGGAUGUUUUACGGUUCAUUAGGGCCACUUGGUGCCAAAAAACACUAGGACAGAGUGAGAAUAUGCGACCUUGACUCUGUGGUUUGCACAAAAAGAAGCAGCCUUGCUGUUUUUACACUUAAUUUGAAAUUUAAAAUAAGUGAGGCAGAAGUCACCCCUUCCACAGAGACUCAGUUUCAUCUUGCUUAAAUCCAAAUCAGGAGAGGCCUGACUGAGCAGACAGUUUCAUGUCUCACCUUUGGCUUCAAGACAUAUUCACAUAUGGACAGUGGAGGGAAACGAUGUAAAAGAGUUCUGCCAUCAUCCUUUUUUUCUGAUGUUUUCUAAUGUAAAGAAGAUACUGAGACUGUCUUCUCAGACUAGAACACUAAAGCCCUCAUGAACAGUUUUAAUGAAAUCAGUACGAAACAUACGGAUGAUUGUAAAGGCCAUGUUGUUACACUUGGGAAACAGACUGCACAAUACUGAUCACUUUUACAAAGUGUGUCUUUAGAAGAAGCUGAGACUUGUUUUUCCGGCCAGAAAUACUGACAUGACAAAUACUGUAGUGAGAGUAUGAUAUGUGGUAAACAAUUCACUGCCACUGGCACUCAUGCCCAUAGAUUGAUUUACAAUUUAUAACCGCAAAGGAAAAGUUUUGUAGAACGGAUAAGGUUUAGAGCAGCGGGAUUGUACAGUCACUUGUUUCUCUUGAUGAACUGCUAUGGACUUCGCUCCAAGAACAAACACAAAUUCUCUUGGACAACUGCACUUUCAAGAUGCUGAUUAUGCUGUGACUCUUAAAUGGAUAAGUGAAUAACAUUAAAUCUGUCAGUACAGUUGGCUAAGAUUCCUCUCUCCUUGUGUUUGCUCAUGGUAUGAAAAAGAAGGGGGUACUGAUUAAUGUAACCUCUACGAAUAUUAGUCCUGAGAUUUGUCAAAGAUGUAAUGAAAUGUUUUCUGCACUCUGGAGCCAGAAAUGUCAGUGCAAGGUAUCAACUGAAUGAGUCAGCUGCUCAGUUACUUGUAAUUCAGGCGAAACACACUUUAAUAUUUUUAGAAGUACCUUCAUAAUGCACUGCACUCCUGGACACCACCAGAGAUCAAAAGACAAAGAGAAGUCAUCUACUCAUGACUUCACUGUGGCUACUUUAUUAAUUUUAAACAGACUUGCUGCUGUAUUCAGGAUAAAGUGGUAGACUCAGUGUCAGUAGCAUAUGCUUGUAAAAUCUACACGACAGGUAUUUUCCAUACGAACAUCAGAGUCAUCACAACGGUGUUCUGCAUACAAUACCUUUGAGAACUACAACCGCAACUGAUCUAAAUCUGUAAAUUGUUUUUUAAAAUAAUCAAUCCAUAAGUCUAUAAAAAAAAAAAAAAUUGCUUGCAUUUGUCCAAAACUCAGACACUCGGUAUACAGUGAUUUAGAAAUGGAGAACAGCAGCAAGUCUUCACAUUCGUGACUACAAAAAUAUUUGCCAUUUUUCCUUGAUAAACAACCUAAAUUAUAAAUCAUUUAUCAAAGUUGAUUGACUAAUUGAUCAGUCAAUUUUUUUUCAGGAUUUAUCAAUGAGACUUUUUUUUUGGUGCUCUUCCAUUAUGUCAGCACCUUACCAAAAUAAAGGGAAUUUACAAAAGAACAUCAAGUACAAUAUAAUACAAGUCAGUGCAAUGCCACAAAAUACAACCUUUGUGAAGCAUAUCAUCAGUUUUUAAGGAAACUGUGUGAAAGGUGUUGAUUUAACGCUAUAGUAAUUUUAUGAUACAAUGUUUAGGUGUUAUUGUAUUGGACUGCAUCAUAUUAAUAAUAUUAAUUGUAACAAUAAUAAUAAUAAUCUGUAAAACCUU